AGGAGUCGUCGCCUCCGAAAUGGCGGCGGGAGGCGGCCUGUGGCGGCAGGACAGAGAGAAAACUCAGCCUUGGACAUGAAGUAAGGAUGAUUUCAGAUUGAAUAUCCUGAUGUGCAACUUGCUGUUGUUUUAGAGCAUGGUGGAGCUUGCAUAAUUACACCUUGCCUGACAUCUCAGAAACUAUGUAAUGAGAUUAUCCUGCUAAGCAAAACUGUUACUUGAUGCCUGUUAAUGGAAGAGUAUCAGAUCACUUUGUGACAGCACUUUAUAGGGGACUGUUUGGGUACUGUAGAUGUUCCUCUCACCAGCACAUCAUGGUAGAUGUAACAGAGAAGGAGAUGGAUAACCCCACAUUUAAAAGUGACACUGUACUUUCUGAUGUUCACUUACACUGUCCAAACAAAAGACGUCUCAUGGUACGAUUGAAUGCAGUUGGGCAACCAGUAUUCCUGUCGUAUUUCAAGCUCCUCUGGAACACAGAAGAUUCAGCAUCUGAGAAACAUGUGAGAGAAGCUACAACCGAAAAAGAACACCAGUACAGAAGUGGAGAUGAACUGUGUGACAAGGACAGGAACAGUCUAAAAAAAGAAAGAGAAUUAAAUAAUGAAGGAGUAGAAGCUCUUCUAGAUGAUGAUGGAGACUUGGAAGUGGUCAGAAGACCUCGAAGUGCCUCUGAUUUAGAAGCGGAGGAUCUUUUGAGGGAUAAAGUGUAUCCUGUAAUUCUGAUGAAAGGAAAGGAAGAUGCUUUUGAAGAUGAAGAACAAGAAUGCCCUUGCAAUGAUGUUGUUAAAAUAGAACAUACUAUGGCAACCCCCUUAGAAGAUGUCGGUAAACAAGUGUGGCGUGCAGCCUUUCUUCUUGCUGAUUACAUUCUGUUUAAACGGGACACAUUCAGGCAUUGCUUGGUGCUAGAGCUUGGAGGUGGCACUGGAAUUACAAGCAUUAUCAUGGGAACAGUUGCCAAGAGAGUUUAUUGCACAGAUGUUGGUGAAGAUCUUCUGGCCAUGUGUGAGCAAAAUGUUGCAUUAAACAUACACCUGAUGGAGCCGGGAAGAGGGGAAGUUAAAGUAAAAGAACUGGACUGGCUGAAAGAUGAAUUCUGCACUGAUCCUGAAGCUCCUUAUAGCUGGUCUGAAGAAGAGAUUGCUGAGUUGCAUGACCACUGUACUGUGAUAAUGGCAGCUGAUGUGUUCUAUGAUGAUGACCUGACAGGUGCCUUGUUCAGAACGCUCUAUAGAAUCACACACAACUUAAGAAAUACUUGCACAGUUUACCUAGCAUUAGAAAAGAGGCUGAACUUCACUUUAAGACAUAUGGAUGUUACAUGUGAAGCCUACAGUCAUUUUAGAAAUACUCUAAAUGAUUUGGAGAACCUCCAAGACAGAAAAAUGAAAUAUACUGUGGAGCCCAUUAAGCUUGAUUUCUGCCAGUUUCUCGUUUAUGAACGAAUUGAGCAGUUGGAAUUGUGGAAGAUCACUGCUGAACAGCUAACAUGACAGGGACAUGUGGAAGAUCUUUAUCUAAGAAUAAAGGUUUUUUUGAUGUUUUAUUAAAAAAGGAUUUUCAUCCCAAGGAAAGCAUUUUCCAGGUGGAACUGUGUUCUCAGAAAGUAUUGCUAUGCAGAUUUGCUUUGCUUCAGUAAGUUUUGGGUUUGGCACUUAGGACAUGGAUUCUUCAAUGUUUGUUUUACAAAACUGUUUAAUGUUGAUCUUCAGAGUAUGUGCUGGAUGCCAACCAGCAGCAGCAACACAGUGACUUGCUCUUUGGGAUUGAUGACUUAGUUUUUAGAGUCUGACAAAGAGGCAUUUGAUCUUUUCCAUGUGGCUGACUUGCAGAUUUUAUGCAUUUCCCUUUUUAGUUUUCUGAACGUUGUCGCUGUUCUUGGUCUUAUUGCAGUUCCAUAUUACUUGUAUUAUUGGACUUUUGUGAAACAGUGUUCUGGGCAAGACCUGUUUGUCUUUCAUGGACUUUUCUUUAAGGAAUCUGUUUGUGAAACUUAGUCCUUCAUUUUCAGUUUGUCCUAUCUAAAUCAUUCUAGUUUAGGUCUACUGUCUGAACUGAAAGGAGACAAGAUGUGUUUUGUUUGAGCCUCUAAAAAUGCUCUACAGAGGUCUUGGAUCUAUAUUGUCCUGCUGGAAUUUUAAGCUAUUCUGUCCUUGUCAGGUCGAGGGUGGGAAGGUACCAUGUGAAGUGAUAUGCUACUGCUCUUGAAAUGUUUGGAAUUCUACCCUCAAUGUAUGUGUGUGAGGCUGGGGAGAAGGGGGGUGACCAAGAAUGUCUUGCCCAUACCAAUGGGGCCUUCAGUACCUUAGCUUUUGGAUUAAAGUACAACAUAUUGAUCAAA